UGCUAACUAUUGCAUGAAAAAGCACAUUGAGAAGUACAACACGCGAGUGGCGGAUAUAUUCCUCCGCUUUCCAUUGGAAAAUAAAACGACCAAACAUUUUCAAUGAACUGGACUUGUAGACGAUAAGCCUAACAAAGUUAAUAAUUUGUGUGCGUACAGCUUUCAUUAAUUUUGUCUGUAUUACUUUUGCUAACGUAACACAGUUAUUUGAUUUACAUUUUCGACGUCGACGAGCGCACUUGCUGAUAUCGCACAGUUGAUAAAGCAUAGCAGAUAACCCGUGUGACCCGAUACAACGCAUUUUGUUGGUCGGGACCUGUGGAUGACACUUGACAGCGACUGUUGCUUAAGGUUUUUGGGUAUCAGUGUGCAGUUAUGGAGUCGAUAUCUGUAGACUCAUAGUUUGCAGGUGACGUGAGGGAGAUCGCCCGAGGUAGAAAGAACCUUCCGAUGCAUGCCGCUGGACGCCUCGCAGUCGUUACUCUCUCUCUCUCUCUCUGUCUUGAGAGCAAUACAUGACAUACAUUAUAAUAAUAUGUCUACAAAGCGAAGAGCAAGACGGCUUCGCGAAGAGAUGUCAACACUGUGAGCAUGUAGAGUGCAUCACAAUGAGUUCAGAUGAAGAAGUAGCACCAAGACGUAAGCGCAACAUACGGCUCAUCCGCGAUGAGGAUGAAAACGGUGACUCAGAGGCAGCCUCAUCGGAGGAGUCGUCGGUUGAUGAUGAAGGAGGACUUGUAAAUAUGGAUGUAGAAGAUGAUGAAGGGAGUGGUGAGGAUGAGUCUGAAUCAUCCGAGGAGGAUGAAGAGGACGAAGAGGAGUCUGAGUGGGAAGAAAUACCUCAAGAAUUACUACUUGAAGGCCGCUGUCAGCAGUCAGCAUCACCCUCAAAACCGAACGUCACAAAUGGAAGUACAACAGUUGCGGACAGUGACAGCGACAGCAACCUGAGUGAUGCCCAAGCUGAGCGCUGUCCAGUAUGUCUGAACCGGUUCCUCGGUCAGGAAGUGGGCACCCCAGAGAGUUGUGACCAUGCAUUUUGUCUCGACUGCAUUCAAGAGUGGGCCAAGAACAUGAACACCUGCCCAGUGGAUCGGUCAGUCUUCAAACUGAUCCUUGUACGAAAAGGAGAAAAAGUGAUACGACGACUUGCGCUAGACAAGCCCAACAAGGAUGAGGAGGCCGUUCAGGAGGACCUGACCUACUGUGAGGUGUGCGGUGCAUGUGACCGUGAGGAUCGGCUACUGCUGUGUGACGGUUGCGACUUGGGCUACCACUGCGAGUGCCUCACUCCACCUUUGGAGGAGGUUCCUAUCGAAGAAUGGUACUGCCCAGAGUGCGCUCCUGAGCAUUCUACUCGGCUAGAGGACGCAAUGCCUGAGGAUGUCUUGCAUGACUUCCAUGAAAUGUUAGAAGGCAGGUUUAGGAUGGGGGCAAGAAGAGCCAUUGCGCGCACACGUGCCAGCGAAAUAGUCAGGACACGCAUUGAGCGUCGAAGAGCAGCAGAAAGUGGCGUUACAUCGCCACCAAGAUCAUCCACACGAGCGCCCUCUAACGGGAGGAGGAGGACAGUGAGGCGGAGGAGACGGAGGCGUACAAAAGCCUCCAAGUCGAGCAAGACAAAGUCUGGUAAAACAAAGUCUGGCAAGACAUCCAGCAGGAAGAGACGUACAAAGAAACACCGCCGUCGGAAACGGAAGCAUAGGACUAGUCUACGAUCGAGGCAGUCCGCUCGUCCACUGAGCAAGCCGCCCUCAGUGAGGCAGAGAAUUGCCGAAAAGCUGGGCCUUCGUAAACCUCCUCCGGGCCAUUGCCUACCCUUGAUGAAUCGCACAGAUCUUACAGCCACGGGAUACGCAGACUGUAGCGUUUCCUCGUUGUCCAUAUUUGGCGAUCGGGACGAGCUGGUUUCUUUGGAUGACAGUGGGGAUGAUGGAAGCACAGAUGUGCUUACCGUGAGGCGGACACACCAUCGCGUUACCCCAUCCCACGUUAAGCAGAAGCUGCUGAAACCUACGCCUCCAUUAGACCGCAUCCGGAUGGCACUUGCCAAGCCAUCGACAGCACCCUCCUGUGGCGACGUUCUCGGCAGCAUUCUGGCAACCCAAAGGGUUCUCCUGGGCCGUCACACGACGCGACACGCCAUCAUCCAGCGUGACGGAUCUCUGGACCUUCGCUCAGUUCCUCUGAGUGCCGUACAAUCGCGACCUCGGAGCCCAGGGUCCUCCACUGCAUCUUCUCCGCCCCCUAGUGGCGUUGGUGGCAAGAGUCCGUCUGCACCGAACCAGCUGGGAGGGAACAGUGCCGCGCUCGUUGGGACAGGGGACAGUGUGUGCCGAAGCGGGGUGCUGUUUUCCGGAGAAGACCCUCCGAGGGACUGUGGUGGGGGGCAGGCGGUGGCUGAUUGUGUGCUGCCAAACAAGGGGAAAGAAGUUUCGAAGAAUGGGAUGGGGGCAGGGGAUAGUGAAGAUGAGGUGGACAUAUACAGUGACAUUGAGUCAAUCGGAGAGGACCAGCAAGGACGUGGUCAAGAGCCAGAAACCUCCUCGUUUGACGGUCCGGUCAUGAAAGUGAUCCCCGACUCUCACAAGAGGGCCGACGAUGACGGUGGCAGCGGAGACGACUCGAGCGAAAAUGAACUUGUCAUCGACGAAGAGGAGAACGGAAGGAACGAGGACGAAGUUGCUCCUUCUCCUGAUAGUGUAUCUAGCCCUUCACCCAUUGCAGCCGACAAGAGUGCGGACAGGCACAAUGAUCAGCAAGAAUCCGACGAGGAGGAGGAGGAGGAGGAAGAGCCUGUACGGAAUGGGAAUGACAGUGAAGAUGAUGAGAAUAGCAAGGAAGACAAAGUGCCUUCACAGAUAGAUCAGAAAACAGAAUCUCCAGAAUUAGCAGCCAAAAGUUUGUCCUCCCCAGGUAAAACGAGCGAGGAGGGUGCGUUUCCUGCGUCGUCACCCCUCGAAGCAGUUGAGACGGAUGACAGUGAUGCUUCCGCACCGUCGUCUCCUAUCGACGUCAACGAUAGAGGCGUGGCAAUGUCACCAACAGCGUUACGCGCCACCCGCGGAAACGAAAAAGUGAAAGGAGACGAUUCCGCGCGCUCGUCACCAAUUGAUGUCGAGGAUGUGGGAGAAGAUGCACCUUCGCCUGUGUCCUCCGCUGAUCCUAACGAAAAAGUAGAGGGUUCUGCACCCUCAUCGCUUGUUGAUGCAAACGAGGUGGCAGAACAUUCUGCUCGGUCAUCGCUCGUUGAUGCAAAUGAGAAGGAUGAAGUUUCGCCGCCCCCAUCACCUGUUGACGCCAACGAGGCCGCCGAAAUAUCGCCACCGUCAUCACCCGCCGAUGUCAACGAGAAGUGCGAGGGAUCGCCCGUAUCAUCUACAGUCGAUGAAAACGAAAAAGCCGAAGAAGAGGCAGACGAAGUAGGAGACGACGGGGAAACUGCCGUUUCAUCACCAAAGGAGAUCGAAAGUCCAGAAGGCAACGAGGAGGCAGAGCCAGUGGAGAUUGAAUCCCCCCCUGCACAGGAAGCCGAACCUGUUGACAAUCUCCUCGGUGCUGCAGUGACAGAGGACAUCACUUCUCCAGAGUACGAACCGAGCGUACAUGACGGUGAAGAGGAAGAAGAAGGGCUGCUCAGCGAGCAAAGCAGAGACGGCAUCGAAGAAGUGUCCGAGCCGGGGAGUGGAGACGAGUUAUUUGGUGGGGGUGCAGAACUGCAGGAGCCGGAGCCAGUGAGAGAAGAACCGCGAAGAUCGAAAGGGAAGAGUUGCCACAGACACAAGCAUCGGAGACGGCGACGUUCCCAUGAUGAGGAACGAGAGGAAGGAGAGAUCGUGGAAGAGUCUUCGUCUUCCCGCAGGAAGAAAAUCCAGGACGAGAUGGAUGAGUACAUGGAUGCGGGUCCACGGAUCAACAUCUCUGAACUGCCAAGGAUUCCAAAGCUUAAAAGGGUGCAGGACAUCGGCCGUGAGGCGACUCCAGACUCGAAGCGGACAAGUGUUUUAGGACGAGUGGAUGCUGGCAGCAGCUCGGAGAUCAGCUGGAAAAAGCUUUCAAAGCAUUCGCGCGAAAGGAUUUAUCGUGAUGGGAAGCACAAGGAUGAGAAAUUAAUGUUCAAAGAACGAGAAAUUAGAAAGAAAGAGAAGGAUAGAAGACUCCAGGAAAAGAACAAAAAGGAAGAAGAACAAAAACCAAAAAAGGAACGUAAGCCAGACCGUGAGCUAUAUGUGCGCCCAGAUAAGAGACGCGAUUGGUCGCGUAAAGAGAAGACGUCCUCGUCAUCCUCCUCUUCUCAAAAGGAACGUAAGGAUAAGCAUAAGGACAAAUACAGUAGUAGGCACAGUAGCAAGGACAGACACAGCAGCAGGGACAGACACAGCAGCAAGGACAGGCAGAGUAGCAAGGACGCCCGAUGCGACUCAAAGGACAGGAGGGAUCGGCACAGUGGCCGACGCAAGAGAUCCUCGGAUCGAUCGAAAGACAGAUCUGGGGACAGAAGUGAGAGAACAUCUGAAAGGAAGCAUAAAGAACACAAAGAGUCAAAAAGGAGCGACGAGAGAGAAUCGAGGAAAGAUGAUCGUAACGUCAGGAGGAUGGAAGAAAAAGCAAAAGCAAUACUUGAAAAGAAGGAGAAAGAAUACUGGAAGGAGAAACAUGAGAAGCGCGCCAAGCACAAGGAACACUCGCCAAGUCCUGCUGUUGAAGGUGCAACACCCAUAGAACACAAGGAGGUAUUCACGAAAGGAAACAGUAUCAUCAUUAAUGUCAACUUUAACAGAAAAGCUGACGCCAAAGGUAUCCACCACGACGAAAUCAAGGAAUCUAGGUCACGAAAAAGGGUUCCUUCUCCAGACGAAGAAGUCAGUGCUAGGAAGAGAGCAUGUUCUUCUAGCAAUCACUAUGACAGUGACUCCAAGGAUGAUGACGAUAUUGAAGAGAUAAUUGAAGUCGAUAGCGACAGCCCUGCGGAUAACUUUGGCUAUGACAACCACGCCUCCUCAGAAAGCGAGUACGAGGAGGAAGCUGAAACGGUCAGUCAUGCUGCCGAGUCUCCAGUCGAGGAAAAGAAGAAGAUACGUGAACCUUCACCCGAUCCCAUGCCCCCUCCCGCUGUCCCCGCUCAAAGCCCACCUCGCUCACCACGAUCUCCAUCACCUCCAUCCCCUCCUGAAGAUAAUAGCUACGAUCCAUGCGAACCCACUAAGAGCCCGAGCCCCCCUCCUCCCGCGGACCCCGUGCCGCCUCCGGAACCCGAGCUACCCCCGCUUCCCCCUGAGCCGGAGCCCGAUCCAAAAGUUGUCCGGCCCGCUCCCUCUCGCCCAGUGAUGAUCCGGCCCGCGACGCCUCCCGCAGUGACCUACGCUAACCACGUGCAGCUGCCGAGCCUGCACAUGCCUCCACCGAGUUACGUCCUGCCGCCUCGGACACUCCCCGCGCUCGUCGCGAGCCUGCGAGCCCCCUGGCCCGCAGGUCCCAUGUUCGCCCCGUCCCACUUGCUAGGACUGAGGGGAGCGUUUGCAGCCCCAACGACCCUUCUAGGACCACCAGUAGGAAUCCUUCCGCCACAUGCGGCCGUUGCUAUGGCUAUGGCUCCUCAACCGACAAUGAUACUUCCGCCGGAAAAUGUGGCAAAGCCGCAGCCGGAGAUAACGGAAGUGGUAGAUAUGGAGGUAGACUCGCCGUAUUCCCCUCCAGACUCCCCAGUUGGUGCCGCAGCGCAAGAGAACGAGAGGAAGAUUUCGUCGUUCGACACGCUGCUCCCAGCGAGAACGGGUAGGGAACCAACAAAGGGCAGCCACAAAAAGCACAGGAGCGGCAGCAAGGAGCGGAAGCAAAUCGUUCACUUUAUGAUGGAGAAGGGUGUUCGGGCAAAAGCUGCAGAAACGAAAGGGCGGAUGGACGAGACGCAAUUGAAGGUCCUCGACGAGCUACCCAGUUCUGCUGUUGAAAUGCAAGUGAAAGAGAAGUUUUUGAAGAAGCUUAAUCGUCAAGAACGUGUUGUGGAAGAGGUGAAACUAUCACUUAAACCUUACUACAACCGUCGAGAAAUCACCAAGGAGGAGUACAAAGACGUGCUUCGCAAGUCCGUGCCCAAGAUCUGUCACAACAAAUCGGGGGAAAUCAACCCGGUCAAAAUCAGAGCCCUGGUGGAAGGCUACGUCAAGAAAGUCAAGUACCACCGCAAGAAACCAUCAUCCACGCACAAAUCGAAAGCCACAUCCUGAGACUUGGCAAAAUGCGCUCUUCGGCAUACAGAGUGUAGUGAAUCGGAACUGAAGCACAGUGGUCAUUGAAAAACUGCACUUGGCCGUCACGGCGCACUCGGCCGUUGAAGUACACCUGACGGAACGGAGAUCAUCCUCACAUGUGGUUCACUGGAGAGAGGUACUGGCGGUGCGUCAAGGUGCCACACACACACACACGUCGGAGUGCUGCCUUCUUGCUCGGAAGCAAUGUUCCGUGACGCAAGCAGAAAAGAGACGCACGUAACUUAUAAAUUAUGAUGUCCUAUUCCUUCUCGUCUAGAAGGGGUGAGGGAGCUUUGCCCUCUCGGCUCUGCUUGCACUGACUUUUGUAAAACGCAAGCUCUGUUGAGAAUUAAAAGUUUUAUGUCACCCUGC